ACGGAGCGGCUUCCGGGCUCCUGUGUCGGUGCCGGCUGGAGUCGUGGACGGAGCGGCCCGGAUUUCAGGCUCUCAGCUGCGGAACCUGUAAGAUUUGGAUAUGUCCUUUAUAUUUGACUGGAUUUAUAGCGGUUUCAGUAGCGUACUGCAGUUUUUAGGACUGUACAAGAAAACUGGCAAAUUAGUAUUUCUUGGAUUGGAUAAUGCUGGAAAAACUACCCUUUUGCACAUGCUUAAAGAUGACAGACUUGGACAGCAUGUCCCAACAUUACAUCCAACCUCAGAAGAGCUGACAAUCGCUGGUAUGACUUUCACUACUUUUGAUCUAGGUGGACAUGCCCAAGCUCGCAGAGUUUGGAAAAACUACUUGCCUGCCAUCAAUGGUAUUGUCUUUCUGGUGGACUGCGCAGAUCACGAAAGAUUGGCAGAAGCUAAGCAAGAAGUUGAUGCACUAAUGACAGAUGAAACUAUUGCUAAUGUGCCUAUCCUUAUUCUGGGAAACAAGAUUGACCGACCAGAAGCCAUCAGUGAAGAGAGGUUACGAGAGAUGUUUGGUUUGUAUGGCCAGACCACAGGAAAGGGAAGUGUCCCUCUGAAGGAAUUGAACACCCGACCCUUAGAAGUCUUCAUGUGCAGUGUGCUAAAGAGACAAGGCUAUGGCGAAGGAUUUCGUUGGAUGGCCCAAUAUAUUGAUUAAUGCCAAAAUCACUCUAGUGCAUAGCAUCUCAAACCUGUUCAUUAUUUGAUUGCUUGGUGUACAUAACUUGAACUCAAUAGACUUUGGUUACAAAAGCAUAUUUUUUUUAUUAUUGUAUCAGUUGUGUUCAAUUUAAAGUGUAAGGACUGAAAACAGAUUUUAAGCAAGUUUGUCAAUUUGGAUUUUGUAACGUUAGUCUCUAGACCUAUCAAACAACUUUCCUUGGGGAAUUAUA